AACAGGUGAACUGGUUUGCAUUGGCAACAGUACCAUCCCUCUCCUUCCUCAUCAGGUUCAACGGAGGCUGCUGCUCGGUGCUAUAAUGUUGCUGACAGUGUAAGCUGCAUCCAGACAGAGAUUGAGCAGAGAAACAAGGAGACAGUAUCAAUUAGUAAGGAUGUACAUUUUUAAGUGAGAGUCCUGCCGUAAACACUACAAGCAGCAUUUUGAAAACAGCCACAAGAGUGGAUUGUACAGCGAAUGUGUGGAUGGAAACUGACAGAGACAGUCCUUGAUUCUGCUGCAGGCUAGACUGAAAUAAAAACGCUGCCAGCCUCAUUCAUCUCCCUCCGAGAGCAGAAUAUGAACUCCCUGAUUGGGGCUGUUAAUCCGAUCCAGUCAGAGAGCCCUGGCUGACAGAUAAGAACAGGAGUAUCAGACCAUCCUGACACUGAGAGCUGACUCUGAGGGAGCUGGAUCAGUGUCAUGGACUUUUCACACUAAAUAAAGGGUGAUUGGGUGGAGGGAUACUAACCUCUACAGUUAUUUCAGUGACGACAAGAGAAAGGCAUGCUCCUGAAGAAAUUCACAUGUGGCAGUCAUCUUUGAAUUGGGAUCCUGCCAACGUGUGCUGAAGUCUAAUGAGCCUGCAGUGCAAUUUCAGCACUUCGAAUCGAUGUAAUGCGAAUGGUGUAAACAAUGGGGUUAUCAUUAUCCCAGUGAUCCUUGGCUUCUCAUCUGUGGUUCUGAUCAUCAUCAUCAUCUGGAAGACGUGCAAGAUGAAAAAAGAGAGGGACCGUGCUCCAAUCAUACUGCUGCAAGAUAAGCCUAAUCCUGCGAAGCGGUUGGAGAAUGAAUAUGAAUCAAUGACAUGUGCAACAGAACGGAUUCUGGCAGCCAGGGAUCCCUCUCUCAAACGUUGGGAGAUUCCACCGGAAAACCUGACUGGGAAUUUGGAAUAUAUGCAGAGUGGGAGUUAUGGACCAAUAUACAAGGCCAAUAUCCUUCCCUUAGAUGGGUCUGGAGAAGUGAAAGCUGUAUUCAAAUCUCUCCAUGACAAUGCAAAUGCAAAGGAGAUUUUGGAAUACUUGGACUUCGUGAAAUUCCACAUGAAAGUUUGUAACCAUGAUUCCAUUGUGAAACUGCUGGGCUGUCGGACAGAGCGACUACCUCUUUACAUCUUUCUGGAGUAUGUGAGCGGGGGAUGUCUUUUGCAUUCAUUGUGGCAAUUACGUGAGAAUGCAGCUAGAUCUGGGGAAGUGGUGCUAAACCUCACAGAGCAAAGUAUGUACAGCAUUGCGAAGCAAGUAGCAUGUGGAUUGGAUUAUCUGACCACAAAGCACAAAGUAAUCCAUGGGGAUAUUGCUGCCCGGAAUAUUUUGAUCCAUGAAGAUCUAACUGUUAAACUCACCAGCCUGAGCCUGGCCUUUGAUGUUUACAAAACUGGAACGCUGUCAUCCCAUAAAGCAGGACAGGUUCCAAUUAAAUGGCUUGCACCCGAAAGGAUAAUAAAACGACCAAUCACUGAAAAGAGUGACAUAUGGUCAUUUGGAAUCCUUCUGUAUGAAGUAGUUACUUUAGGAGCACCUCCGUAUCCUGAAUUUCAACCUCUGGAAAUCUUUCCAAAGUUGCAGAGAAAUUACAGAAUGCCCAAACCAUUCAACAGUAGCAACGCCCUAUACGACUUGAUGAAACAUUGCUGGCAGUGGAAACCCUAUGAAAGGCCAAACUGGGCUGAUUUGACUAACAAACUGGAGGCCUUGAUGAACAAUGCUGAUGGAGUUAAGUUACUUCAAGUAGCUGAUGAUCUGGACCUUAACCAGUACAAACAAGCCGCUGGGGUUUUCUGACGAGGAGCAUGACAAAGACUGCAGGGCUGUGGAUAAAUAGUCAACAGAGAAGUGUGAAAGGAAAUGUUCAACUGAGGGCCACAAUGAGCAAUAAGCUGAACAGCCAGAAUUCUUGCCUUGCUGGAGAAAAUGGGAAUUGUAAACUUGGUGAAAGCUGUGAAUACAUGUUGACUGAAUGCUAUUAUUUGAUCAAAAACUUUAAGGUACUACCAACAGCUGAGGUAACUAAGCAAGAGAAAGUUGCAGUGCUGCCCAGUGAAUUUCCUGCGUGCGCUGAACCUUCAAUUAAUAUGGAACCAGCUCUUUUCCAAAAGCAGCAACAGCAGAGAGUAGAAUGUUCUAGAAGACAUCAUGACUAUCAGGGCAGUAUAACAAUUGCCAGAAAUUAAGAAUAGGUCAGGAUGUAACCAAUAAAUGCUGUCUCCAAAGUCCUGGGGUAAAGGUCAACAAUGGGCAGAGUCCAAAGCAAAAGGUCAGUUAAUGCAAAGGUUUGAUUUUAAACCACUGCUUGUACUUACGUCAAUCUGCUCAAUCUUGAUAGCAUGUAUUCUCCAAACAAGCUCAAACUGAGGGAGGGGAGCAUUUUUCUUAAGACUUCUCCCACCCUACGUGUGACUUUGCACAAAUCUGCCACUGAAAGAUGAGAUGCUGUGAAAGUUCUCCCUGUAUUGUUUAUAAACACCAUGGCACACUGGGGUGGGGUAGGGACAGUCACAUCUGAGGAGGGAGCCCACUGAUUUUGCAUUAUUUAUUAACCUGGUGUGUUUUUCUGAAUGUAUGGGAAUUGCUGCAUUUUAAAAUAACAUCUGUACAAAGAUACAGAAGGGAAAUUUAAAUUGGGUAAAAAAAAAAGUUAAAUUAAAUCUGGCUACUUCACUUGAUUUGUAGUAGUAUGCUGGAAGUGGGAACACUGCAGUCAGUAUGAAAUAGCUAAUAACUCAUGUCCACCUUAAUCCAUUUUUAACUUCGAUCACCAUUUCCUCACCUCCCCUCCACCCUUCCGAUCGACCAUUGAUGGAAAUAUCACAGCAGAUACUUCUGCCCUUUGUUUAUCUGUGGCAGUGACGGCCUCAGCUGACAUUCGGACCUCCAGUAGGAUUGAGCCAUGAGAUUUUGGGGUCGUGAGUCAGCAGUGGCCAUUGUGCUGAAUGUUACGAACUGUUAGAUUCUCAUUCUUUGGCUGAUGAUGGGCAUUGCCAAAUGGGCAGAUCUUUGAGGACGGUAAAAUAAAAAGCUGCCUCAUGACCCUCCACCAUGGAAUCAGCUGAAGGUCACAUCAUCCAAACUGUUCUCUGUUGCUCAGGCACUAUCAUAAUUCCCUCACUUUCACUUUAGGGUUAUGCACUGCUUGGGACUUUACAUUGGGGUCACUUUUGUGGUUAGGGUGGGAUGGGGAACACACACUCUCUAAUGUAACUAAUUAUAGUGCACAAAUUCCUGACUCUCAGAACAGCAAGUCUGUCAACAAAGGCCAGGAAUGGUACCUGGGAACUGGAGAUCUGGCUAAAUUAUACUGCUUCACUGUUGCAACCUUUUACCUUCACAAAAUGGGAAAGUUUCACGUUCAAAACUAGGAUUGUAUGUGGAGUAUAUCUGUAAUCAUGGAAUAUUGCUAAUCAUGAUCUAAAAGCAUUGGAUGAUAUGUCACCUAAUCUUUGAGCUCUUGGACUGGGUUAGCAACUAACUCUCAAGAGUUUAUGGUCAUUCUCAGUUUACUGCUGUUCUUCCAUAGAUUCCUAAAGGAAGGAUUCUUAACUCUAUUUUGCAGGUUGUUUUUAUCAACGACCAGCAGGAUGGCAUCUUAUAUUGGUAGCUUUGAUCGAUCUGACACAGUAAUUGCUGACACUGUAGGUUGAUACAGAAAGCUUGGCCAGUGGUGAACACAUUAGCUACAACAUUGAAAACUUAAUUUCAAAAAUAGAAAUGUUAAAUAUUAAUACAACAAUAAACGAAUGAAAAGAAA